AGUGAUAACAGGCUGCUGUUGGCCGCCUCGCCCCCCGGCUCGUUCAUCUUCUUUUCCCCAACCGAUACGACCGGACAUAACGCCGAACUCUCACGCGGGCUAUGGAAGCUCACUAAAAGGCGAGGCUUCCUCUCCCGCUCCAUGCUGUCCCCGGGAGACCCACCGGUCUGUCUUUACUCGACUUCAACGACCACCGCGCUGGCUUCUUUGAAAUUAUGAAAACGUGGUCGCGGGAGCCCGUCCUCGGCUUGUUCCUGUGGGGGCUGGCGUUCACGCUACCGCGGCCCCUCGGGGCAGAGACCCCCAUUAACAGCAGUCCGGAUGCGGGGACGACGGUCGUUUACUCCGCUAGCGGCACCGAUGGAGCGAGCAGCACGGAGGACAAGUUGACUUCUUUCACUUCUCCCUCCAGUGAGAGUUCAUCGGCCCCAUCACAGGAGGACCUGCUGCUGCUCACACGCUCUUCGGACACCGAGCAAACCCAAACUCAGAGAGAAACAAGUACCAGGUCACCGGAGACUGUUGGUGCCUCCACUGAGCCGUUCACCUCCUCCUUGGUUGGCACCUCCUCUGAACCCAAUAGCAGCAGUAGAGACUGGAGGGUCGCCUUACGAACCCAAAACCUGCCUGACGUCUCCACCGGUGUGUCCAGCAAAGCAUCGGUGUCCUCGAUGUCCACAGAGGACUCCAGCCUGCGGCGGGACAGCCCGGUUUCCCCUCUAGGAGACGUCGUGUCCUCCCCAUCGCAGGCGCAAAUCCUCACAGACAGCAUCUUCACCUCGACCGCCAUUAGCCGGGCUGGAGAGCGGGCUCUUCUGUCCGUCACCUCCUCUUUCUCUAACAAAAGCUCCUCCUCGGUCUCGACAGAGCGUUCCAGCUCCCGUCAACCCCUUUCGACUUGGAAUAUACCAUCAAGAGGGGGAGCAGAGACCGAGGACUACACUCACAUUGCCUCGUCCACCAGGAAUGAAGAAACCAGCUCGCUCACUCAAUCAUCAUUUCCAGAGACAUCCACAGGAACCCAAACUCUCGUUGGCCCCCCAAACGCCACUGAGCAUCAACACAUCCUAACAUCUGAGGUGUCUUCACACUUGACACCCACGAUAGCCAGGACUGACCAACUGGAAGAAUCCUUCUCAAUCACUCCUCCGGUCGUCCCGCCCGUAAGGAGCCCCACCCUCGUGUCCUACCAGGAGCCCACGGUGGAAACCACUGCUGAAUCUUCUACCAGUGCCGUCAGCUUCAGCACUCACAGCCUCAGCUGGAGCACGGAGGGAAGUUCAUCCAAGAGCGAGAGGGACAUUGUGGGCUUUAUUUCCACCACAGCUCGUCCACCGAUCAGUAGUACAACUAAUCAGCAGGACUCCCGCGAGGAAACGACUGAGGUCUUCAUCACCACCGCGGCAGUCACAGUCACCGAGAGAUUUGAAUUAACAGAGGAUACAAGUACAUCAACUGUGUCCACCGGAAUCCCUCCGCUGGCAGCCACCUCGUCUUUCAGGCUCCUUAGCACGUCCGAGAUCUCCAAUGCGGAGUCUCCAACCCGGGGCACCAUCCCAUCCACGACCCCCGGAACCACUGACCCCACCCUGGCUCAGCAGAGCUCACCGACCCCCGCUGCUCCCCUUUCCGACACCAGCCAAGCAACCUCAUCGCCUGUCGCGAGCGCCGAGCCCACCGACGUCACCACCUCGAAGCAGGAAACGAGCGCGGCCACGCUGGGCGUCACCACGCCGGGCGUCAAAACGCCAGGCGUCGCCACGCCGGCCGUCUCCACACCGACCCAAAGUCAACCAACCACUGCUCCGCACGCCCUCAGCAGCCCAACAAGGAGCACCGAGGCUGCGUCCACCACUCGCAAACAAACAGACAGGCUGACCACAGAGAUGGCGACGGCCACAACAACCACUCAUGUCCGACCCACCAAGGCAGCUCCAACAACAGGAGGCCCUUGCGCGUCCAACCCGUGUAUGAACGGAGGGACGUGCACAGGCUACGAACGGCGUCAGUUCACUUGCACGUGUCAAGAGGCCUGGACGGGCCCCACCUGCACCCAGGAUGCAGAUGAAUGUGAGAAGGACCCAUGCCCUGUCGGCUCCAGAUGUGUGAACACGAGAGGCUCCUUCGAUUGUGAGUGCCCGCUGGGCUUCGACCUGGAGAAUGGACGUACCUGCACCAAAGCAAAGACCUUUUUGGGAACGUUCCGUGUGAACGGGGUGUCACAUGACCCGAUUGUCUUCAAGAGCGCCACCAUGCAUGAAAUCCAGCGAGAGAUUCUACAGUUGCUCAACGCCUCCCUGUCCCACCUCCGAGGUUACAGCCGCUCCACGCUCAGUAAGAAAGAAGAGGGGAGCGUUCAUAUAUCGGCCGUCAACAUGUUCUCCAUGUCCUCCGACGUGACAAGUGCUGUGGUCUACAACAGCAUCCAGACGUCUCUGAAAAACUGCACCGCUUCACAGUCUCACUGCCUCGUGGUGCUGCGACAUAGACUCACUUAUCACGUGGAGAGGCUCUGUAUGGCCCAGAAGAUUCAGUGCAACCCUGAGCGUUCCGCCUGCACUGAUGUAAGCGGCACAGCCCAAUGCCAAUGUCUACCAGGUUAUUACAAACACAAUCUCGAUGACCUGUCCUGCUUCGAAUGUGGGGAUGGCUACAAGCUGGAAAAUGGCACCUGUGUCCCGUGCAUGUUCGGAUUUGGAGGAUUCAACUGCGGAAACUUUUACAAGCUGAUUGCGGUUGUCGUAUCGCCUGCGGGGGGCGCCCUGCUCCUUAUCCUCAUCAUUGCUCUUAUUGUCACUUGCUGCAAGAAGGACAAGAAUGACCUCAACAAGAUCAUCUUCAAGAGCGGAGACCUCCAGAUGUCUCCCUACGCCGACUUCCCCAAGAGCAACCGCAUCUCCAUGGAGUGGGGCCGGGAGACCAUCGAGAUGCAAGAGAACGGCAGCACCAAGAACCUGCUGCAAAUGACGGACAUUUACUAUUCUCCUGCGUUGCGGAACUCUGACCUGGAUAGAAAUGGUUUGUACCCAUUCACUGGUCUUCCGGGAUCUCGUCACUCUUGUAUUUACCCAGCCCAAUGGAACCCAUCCUUCAUAAGUGACGACUCGCGCCGCAGAGACUACUUCUAAGCUUGAACACAAAACACGCACUGUAUGCCUUAUCCGAAACAAGGGCGACUGACAGUCGUCGACAUUCGGCAGCAGACUGACAAGACUCAAGUGACGACGUGUGACUCAAGUGCGCAAUUUUGCAAGUAAAAUGUGCCCUGAAAAAUCUUCUCGGCCCAUUUCAGUGCCUUUGCAUGGGUCAAGCUCAUUUCCUUCAUGAGACGAGAAAAUGCAAAAACAUUUGUUUCGCUGAUGAACGUUCAUGGAGCCGCAAGCGAUUUCGUUCGAGUCUGCUGAUAAAGCUGCCGUAGAUGACGCUGAUUGAAAAGAAAAAAAAAAAUCAGUUACGGGGAAACUGAAUAGUGACUUUGUGAUCCGAUACCAGCUUUUAUUUAUUCAGAUUGCUCAAGUGCAGGACAUGUGGCAUUGUGAAAAUGUCAAUCAAAUACACUGAAAGACAAAACAUGUGGCUUUAAAGUGUGUAUGCGGUGUGUUUAUGUGUGACCGAGUUAGUAUCUGUGUACUAGAAGUACAGUAUUGUAAGUGCCAAGUGUGUUGGAUUGUAAAGAUGUAGCAUAAUUUGUUUUGAAUAUUAUUAUGCAACUUAUAUCCCCUCUCCAUUCUGGCGUUUUAGUCGGAUGUGUUUAUUUAAUUAAUUAAAAACAUAUUGCACAGA